CUUGGAGCUAGCGAGAGGGUGGCCGCCAGCGGAGGCGGGAGUAAGCCGGAAGGAGAGCAUCCAUCUACCUCCCCGGCCUCUUUCAGCCCCAGCACGUCUCCUACAAGCAUUCGGGCUGGGGCUGCUGAUCCUGGAGCCGCAGAGCUGCGCCCCAAGGCCGGCCGUCGGCUGUGAAGGGACAGGGCUGGGCCCGCACGCUGCUGCCGCCUCCUCUAGGCCACCCUCAGCCCUAGGGACCGAGCACCCUGGUUCCUACUGAUCCCUGCCAAACGCCCCAGCCUCAACGCCUCUCCGCCUUCCAUCCCCAGACAAUAGCUAUGGCCACUAAGAAAAACUCCAAGAGUUCCGAAUUAGUUUUCGGUGGGAAAUACAAGUUGCUGAAGAAGAUCGGGGCCGGCUCCUUCGGGAAAAUCUACCUGGCGGUCAACGUUUCCAACGGCGAGGAGGUAGCGGUGAAGCUGGAGUCUCAGAAGGCCCGGUCCCCCCGGCUACUGCACGAGAGCAAGCUCUACAAGGCCCUUCAGGGUGGAGUGGGCAUCCCCCACAUCCGCUGGUAUGGCCGGGAUAAAGGCUACAACGUGCUGGUCAUGGACCUCCUGGGCCCCAGCCUCGAAGACCUCUUCAAUUUCUGCUCCCGCAAGUUCACCAUGAAAACCGUGCUCAUGUUGGCCGACCAGAUGAUCAGUAGACUCGAAUAUGUGCACGCAAAGAACUUCAUACACAGAGACAUCAAACCAGAUAAUUUCCUCAUGGGCACUGGACGUCAUUCCAAUAAGUUAUUCCUUAUUGACUUUGGUUUGGCCAAAAAGUACCGAGAUACCAAAACCAAGCAGCAUAUUCCCUACAGAGAAGAUAAAAAUCUCACUGGCACUGCCAGGUAUGCCAGCAUCAAUGCACAUCUUGGCAUUGAGCAGAGCCGUGGGGAUGACAUGGAGUCCCUAGGGUAUGUGCUCAUGUAUUUUAACAGGACCAGCUUACCCUGGCAAGGACUCAAUGCCGCAACAAAGAAGCAAAAGUAUGAAAAGAUAAGCGAGAAGAAAUUGUCCACUUCUGUUGAAACUUUGUGUAGGGGGUUCCCAGCAGAAUUUGCCAUGUAUCUCAACUAUUGCAGGGGUCUACGAUUUGAAGAAGCACCAGAUUAUUUGUACCUGAAACAACUAUUUCGUGCCCUUUUCAAGACUCUGAACCAUCAAUACGAUUAUACAUUUGAUUGGACAGCAAUAAAACAGAACAUGGCCCAGUCAGCAGCCUCAUCUAGUGGGCAGGGUCAGUAGGUCCCUUAGGGAUUUCUAAGCAUGAAGAGAACAGAUGAAAUAGAGCAGAUCAUUGGAGCAGAAUUUAAAGCUCCCCAAACAUAGAAGUUUAAUUUGUAGGUGCACUUGCCAGUGGUUGUGAGCAACCAUUUACUUCAUGUAAAGAAUUUAAUUUCAGUAUAAACUGGCUCUGGGAAGUUGUAGCCACCAUAAUUGUGAAUAUCAACUGAAAGAAUGAAACAUGGUGUCCAGUUUUUUUUGUUUCAUUUUUUUAAGUGAAAAAAAUUAAAUGGUUGACACAAGUGAUGGAGAAAUUGUGAAUAUGCCUUUUUUGUUACCUGUUCAGUUUGAAAAUGUACUGCUUUGAGAUCUCAUUUUUGAAGAUUUCAUGAACAAUCUUUAGCAACAGUUUUGACAUUUUGGUAAUUGUAAAUAUUCACAAUUGUGCACUUUGAGGGUUUUUCUCUCUGGGGUUUGAAAGUUGUUAAUUUAAACCUUUUCAAUGACUUCUUUGUGCAUGCUAACUGACAUGGUAACAACCGAAGAUUACAGUUUUAAAAUACAUGAAAGACUCUGCUUACUGUGCUAGAAACAACAGCAUAUAAAGUGAAGAUUUAAAA